CCAUCAAUUCGGACAACUGGGAUGCAUUGUGAGGUGUCGCAUUCAUAUCCCCUUCUAGCUUUUGCGGACGGAAACUUACAGUGCGUGUGAGUCACACCAGAGCAACUUCCGAGACCGGCACACACACCGCCAAACCUACCGAACUCUCUUUUCCACCUCGCCUCGGUGCAAACCUCGGAAGUAUUUUGUUACCCGCCACAAUACACAAAUCAUCACAUACCUACUGCCCAAGCCUAAGAUGAAGCUCAAGAUCAUCGACUACGAAGAUGUCAACCGCGAUAUCGCGACAUCAAAUCCGACAAUCCACUUCAACACCUCCUUCCACACCAAGGAUGAAGCUCCAGAUCUAGAACCACCUUCAGAAGCACCUUCCUACUUCAGAAGAUGGCUCCCUCUCAUCCUGCGGACCCGCGACAUGCCCCCCACCGCCGCCCAGACAAUCGGCCUAUCGCGCUCGCAAGCAAAGCUCCUCGUCGAAGCAGCAAACGGCUCAGUCCAGACGCGCGCCAUCAACAGGAUGUACGCCGAAGACCUCGAAGACAAGAUCGCCCCCGCGCUCUCCUCCGUAUCCUUCCCGCCCGAGGGUCUGUUCAUGCGCCUCGACGCAUUCUCGCCCAAAGACGGAGCCUGCAAGGUCCCGGGCCGACGGUCGCUCCACACCGUCGACGAGGCGAUCCUCCGCCUCGUGACUUCGAGUCGGGCGCGGAAUGCUCUUUCUGAUGCUCUCGAGUCUGGGGCAGAGCGUGUCGACAUCUUCUUUGUCCCGUUUUACCCUCGCAUGCAGUCCGAGAGGGAAUAUCGGGCGUUCUGCCCGCCUGGUAGACGGAGGAUUACGGCGGUCAGCCAGUAUAGAUGGCACCAGCCUUGGAUGAUGUCUGAGCUUCAGUCACUUGAGGAGAUUGAAGGUGUGACGGGGAAGAUAUUGCGCGGGAUUGAGUCGCUUCACGGACAGAUCCUGGAGGAUCUCGAGGAGGACAGUGAUAUGGACAGGUUGCUGCUAGAGCAAGGUUUCACAUUCGAUUCAUUCUUCGAUGAGGAAACUGGAGGCUGCCAGCUGAUCGAACUGAAUGGUUUCGGGGUCAGGAGCAGCUGUGGUUCGUGCCUGUUGCAGUGGGUGCGGGACAGGUCGCUGCUCUACGGGGCGGAAUCGGACGUUGAGUUCCGUAUCACGAGAUAACUUGAGUCCGGCGAACAGGGUGACUUGUGCACAGGCACGGCAUAUUUUGGAGUUGAGAACUGGACGAAAAGCAAUGACUCGGAGGGAAUUUGGACGGCCCUAAAAAGGGUGACCGACAAACCGCUUCGAUGCUGGGGUGGUUUAGACUGUACCCC